AACCCAAUAUGCUACUAUUACUAACGUGUUCAUGUAUAUAUAGUUGUCAUUUGUAGGUUACUUGAAUGGAGGCAUAUGCGUAAGUAACUAACUGGAAAGGCAUUUGGAAGAAAUAAAUCCACAAAAAUGGAACCUGGGGAGCCUGAACAGAACGUCACUCACAUGGAGACUUUGCUGUAUAAGGCAGCAGCAGAAGGCGACAUUGAAGUAUUCAAUAAUAAACAGGGGCUUCAACUUGAGUCGCUAAAGACCCCAAACCAUGACAACGUGCUCCAUCUUAAUUUGGCAACGGAGGAGACUGUCAAAUUCUCAAUAAUCAAAAUCUUCUCCGUAGGAAUUGUACCAUCCUAUCCGUUUUUGAAUUUUUUCGUUACUAUGAUAAAAAGAGAAAAAAAAUCAGAUUUUAUCGAACAAAUUCUCAGCAAGUGUCCGUCACUGCUAUUCCAAACGAAUGCUAAAGGUCAAACUCCUUUGCACGUUGCAGCAAGGUAUGGGCAUUCUGCUAUUGUGAAACUUCUAAUCAAGUCUUGCGCAAAAGCUAGAGAUGGAGAUUUAGAGCUGGGAAUGGAUCAAGUAAGUGCAGUGAGGGAGAUGCUGAGGAUUACGGAUCAGGAAUCCAACACGGCUUUACAUGAAGCAGCAGGGUGUGGCAAUGUUGAAGUGGUAAAAGCAUUGUUGGAGUUUGAAGACCCUGAUUUUCCGUAUUCUGCCAACAAAAAACAGGAGACUCCACUUUACAUAGCAGCUAGGAGGAGAGGAUCUGGGCGCUUGUUGACUCUAUUAUUAGAUAAAUCGAAGUCAACAGCUCAUGGCGGCCCCCACAGUAGAACAGCUUUGCAUGCAGCAGCUAUGGCUGGAGAUGCAGAGGCAAUAAGGGUAAUAUUAAAGAAGAAGGGGAAUUUGACAAAGGAAAGAGAUGAAGAUGGACGCACCCCUCUUCAUUAUGCUGCACACUUAGGUCGUAGAUUCUCAGUUGUGGAAGAACUGUUAAAAAGGGAUGUAUCAGCUGCCUAUAUGGGUGAUAAAAAGAGGGGGAUGACACCCCUUCUUAUGGCAGCCAGACAAGGUUAUCUUGGAACAGUUUCAAAGAUUCUCAUUUUAUGUCCAGAUUGUUGUGAAAAAGUGGACAACAAAGGUUUGACUUUACUUCAUUAUCUGGCUUUUAGAGGUUCUUCCUAUCCAUUAGAGCUUUUUCUUUUCAAGCGUGGUGGUAUUGAGAUUGUAUAUGGAUCACUCAGAAAUCUAAUGAAGUUGGAAGGUGCUUUUGGAAUGACACCUCAAGAAGUUUAUAAUGCAGUUCAACAUGAGAAACAUCAUUAUAAACAGGAGCAAAUCAAUGAAUUGUUGGAAGAAAUUGAGAAUGAUCAAGUGGCGGACGAACCAGUUCGUCCCUUUCGCUUGCCAAUUACUAUCUCUACAGCAAGCUUGGAGAAGAAAAGAGAAGGUCAUUUAAUAGUGGCAGGACUUAUAGCCACGGUCACAUUCGCGGCAGCGAUAACCGUCCCAGGUGGUUUCAAGAGUGAAAGAGGAUCCGAAGAGGGUACUCCUCUUCUGAUUCAUGAGGCAACCUUUAAAGUAUUUAUCAUAUCGAAUGCAUUGGCCUUUAUUCUCUCUCUUUCCACCCUCUCCGUUUACCUUAGGACGAUGUAUUUCUUUUCCUCAAACUCAAAUCAGCGACGCAAAAUUUUAAUAACACGGUUGACCGCUAAAAAUCUCCUUAAUAGUGCACUGAUUGCAAUGGUGAUUGCUUUCAGCACAGCCAACUAUGUUGUGUUAAAACCUUCUCACGCACUUGCCAUAGCUUCAUGUUUGGUCGGCCCUGCCUUUAUUUUCACCUCUUUACUUACCCGCAAAUGGAUUUCAAUUCUUGUGUGGAUCUCGGCAUACUUUGUGAAUAUUUUUAUACCAUUUUCAUUGGUUUAAACUUGGUUUUUAGACUGAAAUUGCUUCUGUUUGUGCCUUAUUUUAGUGUUUUUAGAAUUUAUGCAUGUA